CUGCUGAGCCCGGCAGCAACGACACUUCGCUUCGCUUCGCUCUCCUUCCCCCACGAAACCGAAGCAAUCCCGGCGAGCGGCCGCGGCGGCGGAGGUGGGAGACGCAGGCGCGAGAAGGUGCAGGAGGAAGUAAGGAUGGAUCCGGACGCGGUGAAGUCGACGCUCUCCAACCUGGCCUUCGGCAACGUCAUCGCCGCCGCCGCCCGCGACUACCAGAAGGAAAUUUUGUCUAAAGAGAAGGCUCAAGCAACAGCUGCAAGUCAUGAUGAAGUUGAUCUUGAUGAGUUGUUGGAUGACCCAGAACUUGAGAAGUUGCAUGCGGAUAGAAUUGCUGCUCUAAAGAAAGAGGCUGAGAAACGUGAAGUGCUAAAAAGGCAAGGUCACGGUGAAUACAGGGAGAUAACUGAAGGGGACUUCCUAGGGGAGGUUACCGGCAGUGAAAAGGUCAUAUGCCAUUUCUACCACCGUGAAUUUUACCGUUGCAAGAUCAUGGACAAGCAUUUGAAGGCCCUAACGCCGCUCUAUGUUGGAACAAAAUUCAUCAAGCUUGAUGCUGAGAAUGCUCCGUUCUUUGUGGCCAAGCUGGCAAUUAAAACACUGCCCUGUGUUAUACUGUUCAAGAAGGGUAUUGCUGUUGACCGGUUAGUCGGGUUUCAAGACCUUGGGAGUAAAGACGACUUUUCGACAAGAGCAUUGGAAAACAUUCUCAAGAUGAAAGGUAUAAUUGAUGAAAUGAAGAAAGAUGACGAUGAAGAAGAUGACGAAAGUGAGUCUAAGAACAGGAGGGUUAGAUCUUCAACCACUCAAGAUUCUGACUCAGACUGAGACCGAAGAUUAAACGAGGAUGCACCCUUUUGUAACGUUAGCUUACGUUUGUUUGUUCUGUAACUCUCAAAAUCUCUGUGAUUUAUGCGUCCCGUGUGGUAUCAAUACCGGUUAUCAGAACAAGAGUUGGAAAUGCUGUGGCUGGAUGUGGAAGUGUUUUUUUUUUUUACAAGCUCACAAUCCAAUUUUGUGCAAGCUAGGGUUUAUGCCUUCUCCUCAUAAUGAUAUAUUGUUGCCUAUGUGCA